UCUCGUUCUUCAAAUUUCUGCUGAGAAUGUUCAAAACACAUGUUCUUGGGUUUUCUAAUGUACGUCAAAAUGAAAGACCUUCCAGCCCGUGGGACCAUUAGGGUUCGUCCUGGGCCCAACACAGUCAUCUUCAGGACCAUCCAUUGUCCAAAAGUCUGCUGGAGUGAUGCUGGAAAAGAAUUCAAGCAGAAAGAUGAGGUGAUAGAAGAUGAAACUGUGGUUGUUUUUCUAAAAGAAGAAAAGGCAGAAAAUGAAGCCCAUGUUGAGCUUUCAGAAAAACAGAAGAAUCAGCCGAACUCAGUUGGAGAAAAAAUCCCAACCAAGGAGUUUCUAAAUCUACAGCUCACCUCAGCCACGGUAGGAGAACCUGCAAACCCAAAAGAGAAACCCAUUCAUAGAAGGUUCCUGACCUGGAUUGAUGGUGUCGUCCAUGACCACUACUGCAAGAAGAUCAGGAGAACCUAUGUGAGAGAGCAGGAGGAGCGUGGCCAGCUUUAUCCACCCAACUUUUACAUCUUCUAUCAGGAAACCCGAGGUCAGAGAGAGAGGCAGAAGAGAGAGAUUUGGCUCAGCCGUGACAAACAGAGGCAGAACAUUAAGAACUGGUUGGAUGCCCACUGGGAGAAGAAGCGUGAAGCGACGGAGGCUCUCAGACAGAAAGAGGAGGAGCGUUAUAAGAGAUGGGUGGCCCAAAACAACACCAGCAUCCCUGACUCCUCACAAGGAGGCCCAAAGAAGAGGAUGGGCCUGUGGCAGAAAAAAUCCCUCUGAGCAAAAGAGUUCCUCUUCCACUGAUGGAGCUCACUCCACCAACAAUGCUGCUUCCUCUCCUGGCGUAAAGUUGAAAAACAACUGAUUUUUGCAUUUUAUGUACAUCACUUUUGUUUGUGCAUUUCUCUAAUAAAAACGAGUUUC